AACAUGGUGCCCUGGUGGCUGUUUAUGUUUAUGUUAAAGAAAGAGGUGGGAAGCAAGUGUUGGUUUUUUGUACUGUAAGUAAUCCAUACAAGUUUUUAUUUUAUUCACUCUCUGUCUAUUGUAUCAAUGUGCCAUCCCCCCGAUGGAAAAGGGUUUGCAGUUUGGAAACCUGAGCAUCUCUCUGGUGCUCCUGCUGCUGCUGAAAGCGCUGACGGGGACCUCGCACAACUCGGCUGAGGGGAAGCCUGGAUCUGCCGCUGCCAGGGUGGAGACUGGCGAAGAUGGUGCCAAUGCUAUGGAGAGAGGGCUGGAACAUGUCGGGGCUGCAGCGGCUUUCGGGGAUGUAACUGUGGAGGACGAUGAGAACGGAGCGGCCGGUGAAGGGGAAGAUACAACAGCGGAAUCAAGUGGGGACGGAAAGCUCAAAAGGUCUCUUGUGAUCAUCAGCACUUUAGAUGGCCGGAUAUCUGCGCUGGACCCAGAGAAUCGUGGCAGGAAGCAGUGGGACCUGGAUGUAGGCUCCGGGACUCUGGUUUCUUCAAGCCUCAGCAAGCCUGAGGUCUUUGGGAACAAGAUGAUCAUCCCCUCGUUAGACGGGGCACUGUUUCAGUGGGAUCGUGACCGGGAGAGCAUGGAGGCGGUGCCCUUCACUGUGGAGUCCCUGCUGGAGUCUUCCUACAGGCUGAGAGAAGACACUGUGCUGGUUGGAGGGAAAUCUCUCACAACUUAUGGACUCGGAGCCUACAGCGGCAAGCUUCGAUAUAUCUGCUCUGCGGUAGGAUGCAGCCGCUGGGACGAAAAGGAGCCAGAGCCCGAGGACGUACUGCUUCUUCAGCGAACACAGAAAACUGUCCGUGCAGUGGGACCUCGCAGCGGCAAUGAGAAGUGGAACUUUAGCGUGGGGCACUUUGAGCUGAAGUUCGUCCCUGAGGUGCAGCCCGGAGUGAACUUCCUGGAGGGAGACUUGAAGGGUAGUGGUGCGAAGAGGGACGACCCCAAGGUGAUCCGGGAGGAGGAAGACACAACAGCUGAGACCAAGGACACCGUCAUCAAGGUCUCUGUGGCUGAUUGGAAGGUCAUGGCUUUCACAAAGCGUGGGGGGCACCUGGAGUGGGAGCACCAGUUCUGCACACCCAUUGCCUCUGCCUGGCUGGUGACGGAUGGGAAGGUGAUCCCCAUAAGUCUUUUUGACGAUACCAGCUACACCACACGAUCCGACGAGAUCCUAGAGGAUGAGGAGGACAUUGUGGAGGCUGCCAGGGGGGCCACAGAGUCCAGCGUCUACCUGGGGAUGUUCCGAGGGCAGCUUUACUUGCAGUCAUCUGUCCGCAUUUCGGAAAAAUUCCCUUCAAAGUCUAACGCCCUGGAUAGUAUAAGCACAGAGAACGGCAUCAUCUCGCUUCCCACAGUGAAGUGGAAGCCAUUGAUACACUCCCCGUCCAGGACACCUGUGUUGGUGGGCUCAGAUGAGUUUGACAAGUGUCUGAAUAAUGACAAGUUCUCCCACGAGGAGUACAGCAACGGACCACUCUCUGUCCUGCAGUAUCCCUAUGACAAUGGGUACUACUUCCCAUACAGUAGGCGUUACCGGGGGCGACGGGACACGCAGGUGAGCUUGCUGACGCACCAGGACCCUUCGCGGGGGGAGCUGCGCAGAAAGGACCCUGUGCUGCUCCUGCCCUGGUGGAAGGAGAUCCUGGGAACCAUUGUCUUCUGCAUCGCUGCCACCACCUACAUUGUGCGCAAGUUCUUCCACCCCUCAACCCUGCACAUGAGCAGACAACGAAAGGAGUCUGAAACCCAGUGCCAGACGGACAGUAAGUUUGAGGAGGAGGAGGACAAUGAAGAGCCGAAAGACAGUAAUGUGACUGAAGGGAGGAACAGCGAAUACGUCUCCAGGUACCUGACUGACUUCGAGCCUGUGCAGUGUCUGGGGAGAGGUGGCUUUGGCGUUGUCUUUGAGGCCAAGAACAAGGUGGAUGACUGUAACUAUGCCAUUAAGAGGAUACGUUUGCCUAACAGGGAGCUGGCCAGAGAGAAAGUGAUGAGGGAAGUCAAAGCUUUGGCAAAGCUGGAGCAUCCUGGGAUCAUUCGCUAUUUCAAUGCCUGGCAGGAAACCCCUCCAGAGGGGUGGCAGGAAGAGAUGGAUAAAAGGUGGCUGAAUGAGUCAAGCACCACUGAUUGGCCACUAAGUUCCCCAGACCAUUUGGAGCCAUUGUCAGUAAAGGUGCCUGUCCUAAAGCCCCUUGCUCAGCAGUGCGAGAGCAUGGCCCCGUCCCUGAUUGGUGGGGGAGACUUCAUCUGCGCCCCGGGUGUGGGUCGGCCAGUGUUCCUCCAGGGCCUGGACUCGACCACCACCACCACCACCACUACCACCACCACCGAAAACAAGGAAGCCAGCGAGGCCACUGCAGGCAGUCUCCUCCAUGGGCAAGACAGCUUCCUGACAGAGAAUGACAGUCAGUGGGAGCAGGAUGACUCUGACUCCCCGCACUCCUUUGAGUUCUGCCCCCCUCGACUCGGCGACGAGAGGACCACAUCGUCCUUCGAUAUAGUCUUCGAGGACUCGGGCUGUGACGACGCCUCCAAGUCCAUGGAGCCGGACCGCACAGAGCCUGACAGCCACAGCACCCUGACGCAGUGUCCCAGCACGAGCUCUAGGACUCGGGAGCCCAGUGGCACCAGCAACAGCCACCCAGUCCCACUCUCUCACUCCCCUCCCAGACCCACCAGCCUCAACCUGGGCCAGGCCCCAGUCCUAGCUGAGCGCUCCAAGCCUCCAUCCCCCAAGGUGUUCCUGUACAUUCAGAUGCAGCUGUGCCGCAAGGAGAACCUGAAGGACUGGAUGAGCAAGAGGUGCUGCAUGGAGCAGAGGGACCGCAGUGAGUGUCUGGGGAUCUUCCUGCAGAUCGCUGAGGCUGUGGAGUUCCUGCACAGCAAGGGACUCAUGCACCGGGACUUGAAGCCCUCGAAUAUCUUCUUCACGAUGGAUGAUGUUGUGAAGGUGGGAGACUUUGGGCUGGUGACUGCAAUGGAGCAGGAGGAUGAAGAGGAGGAGGAGGCUGCAGUGCUGACACCCAUGCCAUCCUAUGCCAGACACACUGGACAAGUGGGCACUAAGCUGUACAUGAGCCCAGAGCAGCUUUCUGGAAACUCCUACUCGCAUAAAGUGGAUAUCUACUCUUUGGGCCUGAUCCUGUUUGAAUUGCUCUGCCCUUUCAGGACCCAGAUGGAAAGAGUUCGGACCUUAACAGAAGUGAGGAACCUGAAAUUUCCUCCGGUGUUUGUCCAGGAAAACUUGCAAGAGCAUGAGAUGGUGCAGAGCAUGUUGUCCCUGUGCCCAAGUGAGCGCCCCGAGGCGGUGAAGAUCACAGAGACGCCCCUCUUUGAGAAUCUUGAGGUCCCCAGCAGGCUGGUCCUGAGGCAGCGCUCGCGCACAUAUAGCGCCUCGGGGAGCAGACACUGCAGGCAGCCCAGCACCUGAGAGGAGGGGACAAGGUUCACACAAAACCAGUGGCCUGUGACUGUCUCUCUUGGUUUUACACUGCUGAUACUGCCCUUCUCUAGAGGACACUAGCUCCACGCAGCUUCCUUUUCAGUGGCAUCUCAAUACUGGGUCUCUCCUGGGUUAUGGGAGAAACAGGACCAAGUGGAAGCAAUUUGAGUAACUGGAUCAAAUUGUAUUUUUGUACCCAACUGGAGUUGAAUCCUCAGUCCUAACCCAAGUGGCCUAACCAUGUUACCAUUGUUUUUUGGUGGCUGCUUGAUACAGAAUCUGAUUUUCCCCCCUCCUGCAGCCAAAGAGCCCUUAUGUCUCCUGUUAAAUAAAUUUAAAUAAAAACACACUAUACAAUAUUAUAUUGGUAAAAUGUACAAAUACUUUGCUUCUGUAAAUCAGCUUCUUGGGCAAACAUAUAUAAUGACUGUGACCUGAGUUGACACAUCAGCCUUGAAAUUACAAACAGGUGAGCUACUUUUUAUAGGGAGAAUGCCAGGACUCACUGUCUUUGAAAAAUGUAAUUAGAAACUUUUCUUAAUUUCUAUAAAUUAUAGUAUGAAUAAAAUGUAAAGCAUUCAGUCUUUGUUUCACUGAUGUGCUGUCCGCCUGCAACCUAAAAAACAUAUUUUUGGACUGAUGGUGAGUGCAUGGUGGUUGAUGUGGUCUAUCACUGCCAUACUGUACCUUCCCUUUAACAGGUGACAGAACUGUACAUAUUUGAGUUGUUUUUCUGAUUUCUCUGGCAUUGGGUCCGUUGAUCAGAUCUUUGGUUCAGCUGGCAAACUGUCGUGUUUUUGCUGGCAAAUUUCAGAAGCCAUGUUGGAUUUUUUAUUUUUUUUAUCACCCCCCAUCUAUAGUUUUAUAGAUGGUGAAACUACUAGAAUAGCUAGCCAAAACUCUUUUUUGUGCAAGAUGCACUUUAUAGGACUCUCCUCCACCAAAAAUGUGAUUUGGAAAGCAUACACUGAUUUUAUUGGUGUCCAAACUGAUAGCAAUGCAAAUAACAUUGGAGGCUUUGUAGAAAUCUGUCAUUUAUUUCUGCAGAAAAUGCUGUUAAUUUUAUAAGCCUUCAAUAUAAAAACCAGACCUGUUGUCAGUGAAUAUGUACAACUAUGAUAAACUAGACUAGCGCUUCACCUAAAGCCUUCAGAGAAAUGUGUGAUGAGGGCAUUCGCCAGUUAUUAAAACGAUUAAGAAAAUAAACCUGUUGGACAAAGUGUAAAAAAAAAAAAAAAAAAAAAAGUGUGAAAACAGAAAACCUAUAGAAUUUAAAACCAACACUGCAAAAAACAAAACAAGACUGAAAUAAAACAAAAUUGUGUGUACUGUAUACAAAUGUAAUUUUUGAACUGUGGACUUUGUUAUCCAUGAAUUGCAUACCUUGGCCAGUAGAGGGAACUGUUGUCACAUAUCAUUGCCUUGGCUUGAAGGAGGACUGACUGUUGCAAUUUCAUUUUUUGUUAUUUUACUUCUGGGUCUGUUUUUUUUUUCAUGCUUGUAAAUUAUGAUUGGCUACUUUUUAAAUUAUUUUUAUGAAAUGGAAAGUUUUAAAAAUACUGUACUAUUUUAAUACAGUUUUUUGUUGUAAUUGGAGAUCAACAGGUGAAUGAUACUAGAUCAUAAUGAACAAGUUUAAGAAAGUUAUCAUUAUGGCCCUUCAAGAAGUUAAAAGGAUUUGGUCCUAUUUUUUUAUAUAGAGCUGCAUGACAUGUUCAAGAAGGCCUAGGAAGAUGGAUGCCCUGCCUAUAGCACCUAUG